AUGGAACAGUGGGACACAAGCCACUUCAUGAAGACAGGAGGAGUCCAGAGGGGUAGCUACAUCAUCCACCCAGAGUUUGUCUCAGAGGCUUACUCUCCUCUGAGACACCACUGA